AUGCCAACACAAGACAGCGACGUGUACGCAUUCGCUAUCAUCAUUCACCAGAUUCUAAUGGAAUGCGAGCCAUUUGGCGCGGAUCUGCCGGAAAAAAUUGCCGACCAACGAACCGGCCGGCCAAAAUUGCGUAAAUUUGACCGAGCCAUCCGAUUGGCCAGCGUGGCGGAAGGCAUCCGCGGAUCUCUGGUAGAACGCAUCUUCAUACAGUUGGCGAGAUAUUCCAUUAAACUGGAACAUGAUGUUGCCGAUCGCACGUUACAGUUGAAAUCAGAAAAAGAAGAAGCCGAUCAACUGUUGCGGAAGAUGUUACCCCAAGGAAUUGUGAAAAAGCUGCGCAACGGACUCCGCGUAGUACCUGAAUAUGUGGAAUCUGUGAGCAUGUAUUUCAAUGACAUGUGUGGAUUUGGCGAGUUCGUGACAACCGUCGCGCCGCCGGAUGUCGCAACAAGCGGCGUAGUAGAACGCAUAGGCGACAAGCACGCCCAGCAAAUCUGUUUGGCUUCUCUGGAAAUUCAAAACUCCUUCGACCGCUUACCCAACCACAGACACAUGACACUAAUCAGUGGAAUCCACAGUGGCCCAGUCGCUGUGGGCGUGGUGGGAUUGAAACGCCCAAGAUAUUGUCUAUUUGGUGACACGGUCAACACUGCGUCGCGCAUGGAAAGCCAUGGCGAAGCGGAUAUGGUCCACGUUAGCUCCGAUACGGUUAAUUUGGCAUCAUCGGCGAGUGGUUUGUUGUUCAAGAGCCGAGGAGAUACUAACAUCAAGUUAAUGGCGUCAUUGCUACUGAAAUGGCAUCAUGGCGGCCGAGUUUAA